UGCGCUUCUUUUUUUUUUUUAUAAUUUCUUUCCUCGCGCAGUGAAAUACAAACUUAGCCAAGAUUGGAUCCUGGAUAAGCGGAAGGAUUGAGGCGGAAGGAGGCUGCUGCUGUCAGCCAUGGGGACGGCAAAGAUGAAACAUCUUUGGCCGUUGCUGGCGUGGAUACUUCUAUCUUCGUAUCCGGCCGAAUCUCGUAACGGACUCGGCCAUGGAUUGAGGCGAGAAGUAUUCUUCCUGAACCUCGAGGAUGGCUAUUUCGGCUGCCAGGUCAACGAGUCGACAGACGUCCUGCAGCUGCUCGAGCUUUCGAAGCUCUGUGACCAUCGCGCCGAUUGUUACCAAGGCGCGGACGAGCAGCGCAUCAAGUUAAAGUGCACAGACGAUUGUACAAAAGAGGACGGCACCAAGUGUCAAAACGGUGUCUGUCUGGAUUCGGUCUGUCACUGUAACGAUGGAUUUGGAGGAUGUAACUGUCAAGUCCCAGACGAGAAUGAAUGUAAAUAUCGGCCCUGUGAUAUAUUUGCCCACUGUACAAAUACUCUUGGCAGCUUUCAAUGUUCCUGUUUUCCUGGCUAUCGAGGCGAUGGCUUCCAUUGCGAGGAUAUCAAUGAAUGCGAUAAUCCAGCGCUCGCUGGGCGUUGCGUCGAAAAUGCCGAAUGUUGCAAUCUUCCUUCGAAUUAUCUAUGCAAGUGCAAAUCCGGUUACAUCGGCGACGGUGAGGUACACUGCGAAGAUGUGAACGAGUGCGUGAUACCAGGCGCAUGCGGCGACAAUACCGUAUGUCACAACAUACCUGGCAAUUAUACCUGCACGUGUCAAAAUGGAUUUACGGGAGACCCGUACACUAGUUGCAUCGACGUUAACGAAUGCGAAUACGAGGGUGCCUGUGGACGGAAUGCACUAUGCGUGAACUUACCAGGCGCACAUAAAUGCGAAUGUCCUGAAGGAUACGACGGCAGUCCGGAAGAGGAAUGCAGAGAUGUUAAUGAAUGUCUGAGGAGUCCUUGCGGACGUUCUGCUCUUUGUACGAAUGUAUAUGGUAGCUUCAGAUGUUCUUGUCCCGAUGGAAUGAAUGGUGAUCCAUUGUCAGGUUGUCAUGAUGUAAACGAGUGCGAGGAAGGUUCGCCCUGCGGAGUGGACUCGAAAUGUGUGAACACCGAGGGUAGCUUCGAAUGUAGAUGCAAUGCCGGUUAUCAAAUGGACCCUACACAUGGCUGUGUCGACGUAAACGAAUGCAGUAGCACGAGCGCUUGUGCCGUCAAUGCGAGAUGCAUCAACGUCCCGGGCUCGUACAAGUGCAUUUGCCCGCCGGGUUUCGUCGGCCAAGGAUUAACACUCUGCGAAAACGUGAACGAAUGCGAGCGCAAUCCCUGCGGCGAGAACGCCGAGUGCACGGACACGAUCGGCAGCUUCAUCUGCAGUUGCAAAGCGGAUUACACCGGCGACCCUUUCAAGGAGUGCAGCGACAUCGACGAAUGUACGGCUCUGGACAAUCCUUGUGGAAGAAAUGCGAUUUGCAAGAACGAGAAGCCUGGUUACAAUUGUAUCUGCCCGACGGGGUAUAGUGCCAGCCCCAGUCCGGCAGUCGCAUGCGAUCAGACCGACGUGACGACUCUUUGCAAGUCAAAUUUCGAUUGCGUCAAUAAUGCCGAGUGCAUCGAAGGACAAUGCUUCUGCAAGGAUGGCUUCAAAGCUGUCGGCGCUGAAUGCGCCGAUCUGGACGAGUGUCUCAGUAAUCCUUGCGGGCCUGCAUCGAUCUGUACGAAUACGAGAGGAAACUAUCAUUGCGAAUGCGAGUCUGGAUUCGUUGGAACUCCGCCUCACAUACCGUGCAAAGCACCAUGUGAUGAGGUGACUUGCGGUGAACAUGCAUUCUGUAAGGCUGACGGUCACGAAGCUUAUUGUAUCUGCGAGGAUGGAUGGACCUUCAAUCCAAAUGAUAUAGCGGCCGGAUGUGUUGAUAUCAAUGAAUGCGAUGCGAUAAAUGGACCUUCUGGAAGAUGCGGCAGGAAUGCUAUCUGCACGAAUACACUUGGUGGUUUUAGUUGUCACUGCAAACCUGGAUAUUCAGGAAAUGCGUUCAAGCAAUGUAUAGAUAUCGAUGAAUGUUCUAAACACGAUGUUUGCGGUCAUGGAGCAACGUGUACUAAUAGUGAAGGUUCUUAUACCUGCACUUGUCCGGAAGAAACCAUACCGGAUCCUGAUCCUUACAUUAAAUGCGUUGGUAUAGUCAGGUGUGAAGUUGACGAUGAUUGUCCAGGAAACGCUAUUUGUGAUCCGCAAAAAAGAUGUCUAUGUCCCGAGCCCAACGUUGGAAAUGAUUGCAGACAUCCAUGCGAAGAUCUAUCUUGCGGACCUAACGCACAUUGCAUGCUCUUGAACGAUGUGGCGACCUGCCUCUGUAGCAACGGGUACACCGGAAAGCCGGGAGUUAAAGAUGGCUGUCGAGAUAUUGAUGAGUGCGCGGUAAAUCCGUGUCCUUCGGGUGCAAUCUGCAACAAUGAGCCUGGUUCGUUUUCGUGUCAGUGUCCGAGUGGCAUGGCGGGCGAUCCUUACAGCGGUGGUUGCCUGGAAUCCAAAACACCCCACGUAUGUGGUCCCAGUUCGCCCUGCCCCGCCGGAGAACAGUGCAUCAAAGACGAAUUCGUCGGCAGUAGUGUCUGCAUAUGUCAACGUGGUUACAUGCGCGAUCAUGAGACCGGUAAAUGCAGAGAUAUCAACGAAUGCAUGGAGCUCAGAGAAAAGCCCGCCUGCGGUGUCAACGCAAUUUGCAAAAAUCUUCCCGGCAGCUACGAGUGCCAGUGUCCACCGGGCUUCAAUGGAAACCCCUUCUCGCUUUGCGAAGAAUGCAACAGCAUCGAAUGCCAAUGUCAACCGCCGUACAAGAUCGUCAACGGCAAAUGCAUGCUGGCGGGAUGUUCAAAGGGCGAAAAAUGUCCAAGUGGUGCCGAGUGCAUAACGAUCGCCGGUGGAGUCAGCUAUUGCGCCUGUCCGAAAGGUUACACGACUAAAUCCGAUGGAUCUUGCGAAGAUAUCAACGAAUGUAUUGUGGGACAUCAAGUCUGCGGCUAUGGUGCGGAGUGUAUCAAUCUACCAGGUUCCCAUCAAUGUGUGUGCCCGCACGGAUACGGCGGCGAUCCGUAUAAUGGCCUUUGUUCUCCAGCGCAGAAAAGAUGCACUAAUGACCAUGAGUGCAAGGCUAACGAGAAAUGCGUGCAACCUGGCGAAUGUGUGUGUCCACCGCCGUUCUACACGGAUCCUUUGAGUGGAAAUCUUUGCAAGAAUCCUUGCGAUCGUUUCCCGUGCGGUAUAAACGCGAAAUGCACACCGAGUGAUCCACCGCGAUGUAUGUGUGAGGCUGGCUUCGAAGGCGAUCCGCAACACGGUUGUAUCGAUGUGAAUGAAUGCGCGAAUAAUCCUUGCGGUCACGGUGCUUAUUGCAUCAACACGAAAGGAUCAGUUUGCGAGUGUCCCAGAGGUAUGAUCGGUGAUCCUUACGGCGUUGGCUGCACAGGAGUUCCGACAGGUAAAAGCGAAUGCUCGUCGAACGACGACUGCGAGAAUUAUCUAGCUUGCGUCCAAGGAAGUUGCAUCAAUCCUUGCGACAAUGUUCCUUGCGGUCCAAACGCAUACUGCGAACCAGAUAAGCACGCCGCAUGGUGUAGAUGUGUGAUAGGUUUCACGGAAGGCAAGAACAACGAAUGUGUUUCACAAUGUGACGGCUUUGUUUGCGGUUCCGGGGCUCAGUGUAUCGUCAGUUACGAUGGACCGACUUGUAAAUGCAUCGAAGGUUUUAUGGGCAAUCCUUUCCCCGGUGGACAAUGCGUUCCGGAUGUAUGCUCACCUGAGAUUCCGUGCGCCGAGCCAAGUGUAUGCAUUAGCGGGCGUUGUAAGCGACGCUGCGAGGGAGUGGUUUGCGGCAUCGGGGCCAUGUGCGAUCCUUUAACAAAUAAAUGCGUGUGCAAUCCCUAUUUCGUCGGCAACCCAGAUCUACUUUGUAUGCCACCCAUUCAGCCACCUCACUGCAAUCCAUCUUGCGGGAAGAACGCGCAUUGCGAAUACGGUUUGCUAGAAUCAAAAUGUGUUUGUAAUCCGGGUACCAGUGGAAAUCCUUAUCACGGCUGUGGCGUUCAAGAAAAAUCUGAUUGUUCUACUGCGGUGUGCGGAAAGGAUGCGCACUGCAAUGCAGGUUCUAAUGCCAUUGAGUGUCUCUGUCCACCUGGCUUUGCUGGCAAUCCAUAUAUUCAAUGUUUCGAUGUCAACGAGUGUAACGGACACGCAUGUGGCAACAACGCAGUGUGCAUCAAUACCAUCGGAAGCUACGACUGUCGUUGCAAGGACAGUUUCUUCGGCAAUCCUUUCGUCGGAUGUCAGCAAGUGCAGGUUGGACCAUGUGCUGAUCCUUCGACUUGUGUUUGCAGUGACACUGUACCAUGCCCCUUCGAUUACAUCUGUGCCAAUCAUAAGUGCAUAAAUCAGUGCAGUGAUGUAAAAUGCGGUCCCAGAUCCGUCUGUCAGAACGGGGCGUGCGUUUGUCCGCCAGGUUACAGCGGCAAUCCCAACGAUCUGCACAAAGGUUGCCGCUUACAGAGUCACUGCUUGAACGAUCUCGAGUGCGCACCCCAGGAGAUUUGUUUCCAAAUUGGCAAAGGCGUUCGGAAAUGCGUUGACGCGUGUAGUAAACUGCAGUGCGGACCUAAUGCACUAUGCAUCACUCAGAACCAUGUGUCCUCCUGCCUGUGCAUCGAUGGCUAUCACGGUAAUCCGAGCAAUCUGGUGGAAGGUUGCCAGCCUACCAAGACCGUGAUACCCGGAUGCGCACAUAAUUCGGACUGUCAGCCAGGUUCUUUCUGCAUCGCUGUGGAGGGUGGCGUACAUGAUUGCGUGAAUCCCUGCAGCAAAGUUGUAUGCGGCGCUUAUCAGAAAUGCGAGCCUGAUCUUAUACCCGGCCACGCCACCUGCAAGUGUCAAGACGGCUACGAAUGGAACCCGGUGCUGUCGUCUUGUGAGAAGCCAUCGGUGCCCGACUGCAUAAAUGACAACGAUUGCCAUUCGAGCGAGGGCUGCAGACCGGACGCGCUUGGUGUUCUGAAGUGCUUCUCGCUGUGCAGUGGUUUCACUUGCACCACGAAUUCUCGUUGUAUAGCAGAGAAUCAUCAAGGCCGUUGCGAGUGCUUGCCAGGUUAUGCGGGAAAUCCAAACGAUCGCCGGGGCUGCCACAGCCCGCGCGAGAACCGUUGCUCCACGGACAGCGAAUGCGCGGAGGAUCAAACAUGUCGCAGUACUCCGGAGGGUCCGCUUGCCUGCCAACUGGUCUGCGACUACGUUUCUUGCGGACCAAAUGCGCUCUGUGUCGUGAAUAAUCACGUAGCAAACUGUGAAUGCCCGUCCGGCCUGUACGCCGGCGAUCCAAACGACUCAACAUCCGGCUGCCGCACGGUUCCUUGCGUCUACAACAACGACUGCCCACCGUCGCAGCUUUGCAAUCGAUUGACGCACACUUGUUACGACGCCUGCGACGAGAAUGCUUGCGGCGUGAACGCGGUCUGCAUCGCGGACGACCACAAAGCGAUUUGCCAGUGUCCGCCUGGACUUCGCCCGAAUCCUGUGCCCGACGUCGAGUGUAUUGCUGUGGAGACAUGCCGUCCAGACUCCUGC